AUGAGCAUUUUAGGGUUACUUUUUGUGUUGAUGAUCUCUUCUUCUUCUUCUGACGGAGAAUUUGUGGGGAGGAGGGGAACAGAAUUUGUGUGGAAUGGAUCUGAGUUUCUGUUUAAUGGAUUCAAUGCAUAUUGGAUGAUGCAAGUUGCAGAAGAAGCCAGCCAGAAGCAUAUAGUGCCCGCUGUGUUUCUAGAAGCUUCUAGAGUCGCUCUUGGCGUCUGUCGCAUCUGGGCUUUCAGUGACGGCGGUGAUCGUGCCCUCCAGAAAUCUCCCGGCGUUUACGACGAGCGUUUCUUUCAGGCACUUGAUUUUGUGGUGGCGGAAGCAGGGAAACAUAAUAUGAAGCUGAUAAUGAGUCUCAUAAAUAACUAUGUCACGUUUGGUGGAAGGCAUCAAUACGUGGAAUGGGCCAGAAGCGGUGGUGCCUCUCUCGCCAGCGAUGAUGAUUUUUACACUCAUCCUCUCGUCAAAGGUUAUUACAAGAAUAAUGCCAAGUAUGCGGCAUUGGAGAGUCCAAUCCAAUCCUAUCAUCCUACGUGGGAUUAUACAAUACCAUCAUCCCGUCUAAAUGGUGUGGCAUACAAAGAUGACCCCACAAUCAUGGCGUGGGAGCUUAUCAAUGAGCCUCGCUGUGAAGUUGACACUUCCGGCCAAACCAUUGGUAGAUGGAUACAGGAGAUGGGCAGCUACGUGAAAUCCAUAGAUAAUAAGCAUUUGGUGACAGUGGGGAUGGAAGGAUUCUAUUCAACACCAGAUAGGGUUCAGUACAACCCUAAGUCUCUAAAAUAUGGCACUGAUUUUAUUAACAACAAUCUUAUUCCAUAUGUUGAUUUUGCUACCAUUCAUGCAUACCCGGCUAUCUGGCUUGCAGGAGAGAGUGAGAAAACCCAGAUGGAGUUCCUGAAAAGAUGGUUGACAAUUCACUGGACAGACUCGAAGAGCAUCUUGAAGAAGCCAUUAGUUUUCGGCGAGUUUGGUAAAUCAAGCAAAGAUCCAGGAUUCAGUAUUAAACAGAGGGAUGCGUUUAUGACUGAAGUAUAUGCAAGCAUCUACAACUUGGCAAAAAGUGGAAGAACAAUUGCAGGAGGCUUGGUUUGGCAGAUUGGGGGUGAAGGAAUGGACUCAUAUUUUGAUGGCUAUGAGGUUGUCUUGACCUUAAACCCUUCCACCAGAGAAAUCAUCCGUAAUCAAUCUAACAACAUGAUUAGCCUAGGGCAACCCUACAUCAAAGAAAUAUGA